AUGAAAAGUAGUGUGGCACAAAUAAAGCAUUCUUCUGGUCAUGACAGAAGGGAAAAUUAUAAUUCAUAUCAAAGGACCUCCUCUCCAGAAGACAGAUACAUAGAACAAGAAAGAUCUCCUCGGGAUAGAGGUUACUUUGAUUCCAGCAGGUCAGACUAUGAGCGUUCAAGGAGAGAACAUUCUUAUGAUAGUAACAUGGAGUCACGAAGUAGAGACCGAGAGAAACGCAGAGAAAGAGAUGUGGAUCGGAAAAGGUCCCGAAAAUCACCAUCUCCUGGGAGAAGAAGUCCAGAACCAUCGGUAACCCAGAGUUCCUCUGCUCAGGAUGAACCUACUGCAAAGAAGAAGAAAGAGGAGCUGGAUCCUCUUCUUACUCGCACUGGUGGAGCAUAUAUUCCUCCUGCAAAACUCAGAAUGAUGCAGGAACAGAUUACAGAUAAAAACAGCUUAGCAUACCAGAGGAUGAGCUGGGAAGCCCUGAAGAAAUCUAUCAAUGGCCUGAUCAACAAAGUCAACAUUUCCAAUAUUGGUAUUAUUAUUCAAGAACUUCUUCAAGAAAAUAUAGUUAGAGGAAGAGGCCUGCUAUCCAGAUCUGUUUUGCAAGCACAGAGUGCUUCUCCAAUCUUCACCCAUGUUUAUGCAGCAUUAGUGGCAAUUAUCAACUCAAAAUUUCCACAAAUUGGAGAGUUAAUCCUCAAAAGAUUAAUUCUUAAUUUUCGAAAAGGCUAUCGGAGAAAUGAUAAGCCACUUUGUCUGACAGCUUCAAAAUUUGUGGCACAUCUUAUUAAUCAAAAUGUGGCUCAUGAAGUUUUAUGCUUAGAAAUGCUCACUUUGCUUCUGGAAAGACCAACAGAUGAUAGCGUUGAAGUAGCUAUUGGUUUUCUUAAGGAAUGUGGUCUCAAAUUAACACAAGUGUCACCAAGAGGGAUCAAUGCUAUAUUUGAACGCCUUCGAAACAUUCUCCAUGAGUCUGAAAUUGACAAAAGGGUUCAGUAUAUGAUUGAAGUGAUGUUUGCUGUAAGGAAGGAUGGAUUCAAGGACCACCCUGUUAUCCUAGGAGGACUUGAUUUAGUGGAAGAAGAUGAUCAGUUCACCCACAUGCUUCCUCUGGAAGAUGACUAUAAUCCAGAAGAUGUUCUUAAUGUUUUCAAGAUGGAUCCUAAUUUUAUGGAGAAUGAAGAGAAGUACAGAGCUAUUAAGAAGGAAAUUCUUGAUGAAGGAGAUAGUGACUCAAACACAGACCAAGAUGCUGGAAGUAGUGAAGAGGAGGAGGAAGAAGAGGAGGAAGAGGGAGAAGAAGAUGAAGAAGGACAAAAGGUGACUAUUCAUGACAAAACAGAAAUUAAUCUAGUCUCAUUUCGUCGUACCAUUUAUCUUGCUAUUCAGUCAAGUUUAGAUUUUGAAGAAUGUGCUCACAAGUUGCUAAAAAUGGAGUUUCCUGAGAGUCAAACAAAAGAACUCUGCAACAUGAUACUUGAUUGCUGUGCCCAACAAAGGACAUAUGAGAAAUUUUUUGGCUUAUUAGCGGGGCGAUUUUGCAUGCUAAAAAAAGAAUACAUGGAAUCCUUUGAAAGUAUAUUCAAAGAACAAUAUGAUACCAUCCAUCGCUUGGAAACAAACAAAUUGAGAAAUGUUGCUAAGAUGUUUGCUCACCUUUUAUACACUGAUUCACUUCCAUGGAGCGUUCUUGAAUGUAUAAAACUGAGUGAAGAAACCACUACGUCAUCCAGUAGAAUUUUUGUGAAAAUAUUUUUCCAAGAGCUGUGUGAAUACAUGGGUCUUCCUAAACUUAAUGCAAGAUUAAAGGAUGAAACUCUGCAACCAUUCUUUGAAGGAUUAUUACCCCGAGAUAACCCAAGAAACACUCGAUUUGCCAUCAACUUCUUUACUUCUAUUGGCCUUGGAGGUUUAACGGAUGAAUUGCGUGAGCAUCUCAAAAAUAUACCAAAGGUCAUUGUGGCACAAAAACCAGAUGUUGAGCCAAAUAAAUCCUCCUCCUCUUCCUCUUCCGAGUCCUCCUCCUCAGAGUCUGACUCCUCUGCCUCUGAUUCAGACAGCAGUGACAGCAGUUCAGAGUCUACUAGUGAAGAAAGCGAUUCUUCAUCCACCAGUAGUCAGAGCUCAGCCUCAGCUAAAAAUGUAAGAAAGAAGGGGCAUGGGAACCACAGAAGUAAAGAAGUAGAUAAAUUGAUCAGGAAACAAGAAAUGAAUGAUAGAAAACAAGAAGAAAGGAGGCCAGAGCAUCGGCACCAGGAGACAAGGACUGAGAGAGAAAGGAGGUCAGAAAAACCCAGAGAGAGAGAUUCAAGAGGCUCUGGAACAAAAUAUGCUUCAGACAGAGGGAUUCCUUCUGAGAGAAAUAGCUACAGCAGAGCCAUGCAUGACAGAGACCAAGAAGCACUCAUGGAUUUGCAACAUAAUCAUGGGGAUCCCAAAAAGAAAAGAGAGAGAAGAAAUUCUUUCUCUGACAAUGAGCACAGACAUCGAAAUAGGGACAGUGAGAAUUUUAGAAGGAAAGAUAGAUCCAAGUCAAGAGAAAAAAAUAAAAAACAUUCAGGUUCUAGAAGUGAUGAAGAUAGGCAUCAGAACGGUGCUGAGAGGCGCUGGGAAAAAUCUAGCCAAUACUCUGAACAAUCCGGAGAAUCAAAGAAAAAUCAGGACCGGCGAAGAGAAAAGUCUCCAACAAAGCAAAAAAAAUAA